UGGCGCGAACUAUUUAUUUUUUAAAUUUUUCGUAAACAGAUGUGAGUUUUAUCAUCAUCAUCCAUCCAAGCCGUGUCCGGCGACGACGGCGACUCCUAAAUGUCUAUCCCAGGUCGAUGUUUUAUACAGCCAUGUCUGAUAUGAAAUCGUCCAAUAUUUUUCCUUGAGCUGUAAAAUAAAUACAGGAAUUUAUAACAUAACAAACCUUAGUACAAUACUCUUUCUAAGUAUCCAGCAUUCUAUCGUUUACUCUUUCGAAUGAAUGUGAAAAGAAAUGUGAAUAUUGUUACAUAUUUAUUGAGACCUUUUCAGUAAAAAAAAAAUAUAUAAACAAAUGAAUGGAUUUGUAUCCGAAUAUCCCAACAUUUUAAUCAAAAUAUUUCCGAACGAACUUUCGGAAGCCUCCAUCCAUCCAGCCAACUGUCAUUAUUUCGUUGCCGUCAUGUCCAGUCAGUUUAAAAAAUUUCGUUCGUUUCUUUUGACGUUUCCUUGUAGCGCAUUUAUGAUAACAAAUUAAUUUUAUGAAAUAGAUUUCGGAUAUAUUUUUGUUAUUUUUAGUGUAAUUAUGUUGAUAUUCAAGUGCGCACUUAUUAUUUUACCAUCAACCUACAUUUUAUCACUUUGCUUCCAAGUUGCGAAAGAGACAGAUUUGCUGGAUACUGGCCUCGCUUUUUUGUAUAUUGCCAGUGGAGUAAUUGCUGGGAAAAUUAUCUACGACAGAUACCAGCAGGUUCAUAUACUAGGCUCACUAACACCCAACCCCAAUGUGACCUCCUUUGCAAACAGGAUAGCCACUUGUUCUGCCUCAUUCCUCUCUGUGGGCUUCCUAGUAUACUUCUUCCUCUUCUUAUUUAAGGUGGAUGACCAUUGUAUGACAGCACUCAGUAUUUUUAUAUGCGGAUUUAGCACAUUAUACAUAUGGAUGCAGUGCAUCAUCACGACGUAUAUCUCAACGCUGUACUACGACCAGCAACUGACAGCUCUUCGUCAAUGUCUUGCCAACGUGAGCUUCCUACUUCUAAUUAUUAUGGCGAUAUUUGGAAUCGUCACCUCAUUUUUACCUAGGAGUGCCAGUGCAAUUUACAUCUGCUUCGUCGUCACAUCCCUUUGCAGUUAUAUGCUGGCCGCAAUUUUCUGCGUAUUUAUACUGUCCUUUGAAAAGGAGUACCAAUAUUUUGCAGAGGGUUUACGUUCAGAAAUGUUACUAGACGACGAUUGUUCGCUGAGUAACGAGUCAUUCUCGGACGUGGAAGGCUUGUUCGGGGCCCAAGAAGUAAUCUCCAGUACAAAGGUCAUAAAGGGUGUCAUAAAGUGCGCGAAGACCUCCUGACC